CCUUUGGGGACACAUCUGCCGUCCGUUAAUUGAGUGUUAAAACGCGAGUGACGCACUAAACGCCCCUCCGUGUCCUGUUGUUUAGGAGAGAUGAAAGGAAAGCUUUUCCGACUGGUCAUCCCUCGAUUCAGGGAAAAGUGUACGUGAUGGCGCUAUUUACUAGGGAACGAUUAACACAUUAGCUGCUAAUGUGAGGCUUACGCUCCCACAUUCGAGUCACUCUUCAAACUAUUUUUGUAAAUAAGGAAGUCAACAGAUUUGUUGAUUUGUAAGCUUUUGUUGCGAAGGCCAGUUACAGGCUGGAUUUCCUCUUCCGACCUGCACAAUCUGGGCCAUCGGCUCCGAAAUUCCCCUCCAGAGGGAUUAAAUGGAUCGGUUGAUCGGUCGUGCCACGAUAUCCACUCAACCAUAACAAAUGUGCUUCUCGGUUCUUGGGUUUAUCAUAUGUAAAUAUAUGCUCAAUCGAUUACCAGUCAAAUAUUUGCACACCUUGCCAGUGGCUUUUGGUUCCCUUGUUUUUCAGCCUAUUUGGCUUAUCGGUUAGGAGAUCAAGAAUUUUGCACGCCACGCAAAUGUUUGUCCCUGUUCCGGUUGAUUCACUCAUAAAACAAAUUAUAAAACCCUCCGAUGUGUGCUUCAUUUUGGGCAGGAACUAAUUCUGUCUUAUUUUUCGACCAAGACUUGGAUUCUCAUGUCUCGAAAAAGCACCAACAAAAGGAAUCCAUUGAUCCCCUAGGUGGCAGACAUAAAAAUUUCCAUAACUUUUCGUAUUGCCAAGUCACACCAGGUUAAAAUUGGUAAAAGUGGCAAUUAAAUAAGCGUAUAAUGGGCCACAGUAAAUAUUAAAAUAUUGCAGGGCGCAAAUUUAGCUGUUUAUAUUCGCACAUUGGGCUAACAAAGAAAUCAAGUCUGAGGAAAUUUUCUAAGCAGUCGCCCGGCAGAUGAUCAGCAAUUUAUAAUGGGGAUAUUGGUAAGACUGCAAAAUGUUUGUCGCACUUCUUGCAUGAAUUAGACCAGGUCUAUGAAAUUUGGCACCAUGAUUCAAGAUCUUGACUCCAGCAGAGUGGGUGCGUCCAAAAACGUGCUGGAAACGUGCGUCCAGAGGGGCUCUUAAUCAAAAUGCUAUAUGUCUGCAGUGCAGCCAAUCGUGCGUAUACGUAAUGCGAUCUGAAUUCAACUGGAUUGUUUAUGUUUCCUUUAUCACAGGCAAAUCUCGCACCUUUCUGUUGUUGUUGACAGUAUUUGGAUUUUGCAAAAAUAUUUACCCUCUUGGGAAAAGGUAAAGUUGUGGAAAACAACUGAAUAUGUAUGUGUGCUGUGUAUUACUUCCCCCGGCAGUCUGCAUCGUAUUUUUAUUUAUAUAAUUGUAUAAAUUUAUUUAAUUAGCAAGUUUAUAUUUACGCCAGCAACUUUCCGAAACAAUUUUUGGAUAAUUAAGUGUGAAUUGUUGGGGUCCAAGAUUAGGUAUUUUCCUGAAGUCUAUUACCGAUGAGUUACAAAUGUCUGGUGGUCUCAAAGAGGUCUUUGCCUCUCCUGAUUCACCUCCGAGCUCAAGCGCCAGGCCGGAGGCAUGCCCCCUUUUGGGGCCCGAUUUCAGUUUGCAAACCGCAGACUUGCUAUAUAUUUGCUAAUUGUUUUAUUGCUCCCUCAAGUCAAAUGCUGGAUGUUUUUCUAGAAAAAUUUCUCACUUCCUUAGUCAGCUGGCCGCAUUUUCACGAAAUUUUGAUUAACCGCCGCAUGAACCAUUGCGGUUAGUUAUUUUUAACGUGUGAGCUGUAUUUUUAAACUUUUGGCUUAUUUGCGUGUCUAUGCUGAUUUAUGAUAAAUACUCGGAAUUUCAUUACAACGCUAUUUUUAAAGUCUCGAUUUGAAUUGAGCGUGUGACCGCACAAAAAUUACCACCCGGCGAUCACAGCGCCUGGUACACAAAUUACUCAUACGCCCCAGUAUUCCACAAACCUUUCACCCAUAAAUGUUUUGCCAAAAUCAUCCCUCCCCAAUAAUUAUAUUGUUGAUGAUUAUAAUUUUGUAACGUAUGGGAAAUUUUAGGGUCUGGUCCAGAACCAAAACGAUCUUAUUAAUAAUUAAUAAUUAGAGACCUAUCUCAGACUAUGGGGAAUUUUAGGGAGUCCGUAUCUUUCCGCAUACUACAAACUUUUCCGAAUCAAACUGGCCCCACGCCAUGCUAACCGAAACAGUGCACCCGGCAAUUAGAGCCUUUCGUCCACUGAAUCACAUAGAGAUAAGACAAAAGACCACAGUCGAAAAACAGAUCCCAAAAAAACGCCCCGUUCGAUGUCACAGACUACGCGCAUGCGCAAAAGCCAGACGCGUCAACCAAAAUGCCGGGCACAGCUUUGAAAUUUGUCGCAGCCGGAGACGUGCGUUUCCUCCAGACUUGCGUCAUGCCAUGGAGAUGGAGAUGGAGCAUCGGCUCAGCUCGGCCUGAGAGUAAAUUUUCACAUUUGGGUGCGAAUAUGGCGGCAGGUGCGUAUAUAAAGGAAGCGUUCUUCGAAGUAAAGCACACAGAACUCAGCCGACGUUCAAAGCAAUCACAACAAACAGCCAACCACCCAAAGGAUAAUUCAACCGACCUGGUCCACCACGGAUUAAAAAGCAAACUUAAUUUUUAAAACCAGAAUUCAAAUCAAAACUUAUACAAUGGAUCUUAAGCAAUUGUACUCGUAUGUCUGCCUGCUGAUCAGCAUCAUCAUCUGCAAAGUGUCCGAGAGCAGUGCCAAGCCCACUUAUUAUGACCUGGAUAGCUACGAGGCCUACGACACAGAUCGCUACGAUACCGACAGCGGCAGCUCCUAUGCCCUGACCUACGGGAAGCCUCUGACUGACAAUCGUCUCAAGAAACUGAACCCGGGCUACUACUACGUAGACGAUGGGUACAUCGCCCCCGUUUCCACCUCUGGAACCUACACCCGCCGUGAAGGUGACAGCUCGCAGGGAGGAUCGUUGCCCUCGAACGUGAAGUUCACUCCCAUUGUGCGAGUCCGGCAGACAAAGACCAAGCGCAAGAAGCUGUUCGUGCCCAACUUCUUUGGUUAGACGGUGCCGGUUCUCGUUCCGCCGGGACUGAGAGUACAGACUGAGGAUGUUAUAGGCUUAGAUGUAGUAUUAGUCGCGUGGCCACCACACCAAAAAGUACCUUAUACUGUUACCUAUUUUUUAUACGCGUUCGCCAAAAUAUUACCAAAUUAUAUUUAUGUAUAUACCCAAAAAUAUGGCUUAAUGUAAAACCAAAUAUAUA